AUGCCGAUCGACCCGUCGGUCAGCGAGCAGCUCAGAGGCUUCGAGAGGCGACGCAGAAAGCUGCUGCAAGCGGCGAUUGACGCGGAAACGACGGCGGUGGCGCUCGCCACGAAACAGAAGGACAUUCACCAAGUUAUUUCUCGUUCGCCCGCAUUAGUGGAGUGUUUGGGAGGUCAAAUCGCGGUGAUGGUGCCCGCGCAAGCAAGAGCGUCGGUUCUGAGCGUUAUUGCGGAAGCGGUAAUGCAUGUAAAGGGUGCAGCGACACAAAUGGUCAUGUACGCUGAGAAUGAAGCAAAUGAUGCGUUGCUCCAGAUGCAGACGUGCGCUAUCAACGCAAACACAUCUCUUGAGAAGUACGAAGCGCUUUCCAAAGAAUGA